AUGGUCUUUUCCAGACGGGCGGUCCUCUUAGCGGUAGCAGCCCUCCUGCAGACAGCAACCGUCCAAGCACAGCAAGCUUUCCAGCCUCCAGGAAACUCAGAAAUGGCUUACGCUAGUAUCCCAGACACGACUCUCUAUAUCCAAGGAGGAUUCGACUCCAAUUACACAAACAGCUUUUACUCCCUCGAUCUCACCCAGAACAGCUGGCUCGUCUCCAGCCCGCCCUGGACAAAUCGCACCGCACCGACCAUCAUCCUCACACCAACGUCGCGUGCUAGCAUCUCCAACGGGAUGACAGUUACUAGAGAUCAGAAGCGGUUGGUGAUCUGGGCAGAGCCUGGAGUCUUUUGGAUGGACAUUGCCACAGGACUCUGGCAGAGUGAGGUUGCGGGCAAUGUUACUACGGCUGCGACUAUGCGGUACAACUACCGCCGUGCUGCGACCCAUGGUGAUACAGGGCUCAUUUACAUCCCCGGAGGUGCGGACCAAGGGACGAAGAUGGUGGUAUUGGACCCAGAGACGUUUGCGGUAACCACGGUCGAUAUGCCAUCGGUGCUGCUUCCUGGAAUCAUCGGCCUCUAUGGGUGGGUGUGGAGUGAUCUCCGGAAGAGUUUUCUGAUGACGGGCGGGGAGCUCCUAUUGGAUACUGAUCUGUCCCAAAACCAGAACAUCGCCACGUCUUUGGAGUACUUUCCUGGCAACAAUACCUGGACUCGCUUUACAACAAACGGUGCAGAUCUGCCUCUCAUUUCUCGCCACUGCAUGGUGCAAGGUUAUGGAGGAAGGAAGAUUGUGGUGUACGGUGGUCAUGAAUGGAAUCAAGGAGUUGAAACGCUCCGAGGAACGAUCUUCGUCCUGGAUGUCCCAACAAUGACCUGGGUCCAAGGAGACUCUGUCGCUCCAACCUAUGUCUCGUCCGACAGCGCCUGCACCUUGACCGGAACCAACUUUAUCUCAUGGGGAGGAUCGCAGGCGCAGUUGAACAAGGCGACCCUGGCAACACCCGUUAUUUUUGACGUCGAAAGCAAGAAAUGGAUAGCACAGUUCCAGAAUGCUGCUAGUGCUCCUGGUGUUGAUGGUGGUACCAGUAAAGGUGCUGGUGGUGUUGCAAGUGUAGUCUCUCCGCAAACACCUAGCACAUACAACAUCAAUACCCAACAGGACUACUUCAAAACGGGACCAGAAUCAGGAAGAGCACCAUAUAGUCAUUACCAAAACGGACAUGUCAGCUCCUUAAACGUCCGCGACCCCCCAACAGUCCAAACUAUCCCUUUUCGGAACCCGCAACAGAUUGUUAACGUCUAUUCGGAGUUCCCGAACGAUAAUGUCCAGCGCCACCCUCAGGCCACUUCAGAUACCCUUUACUAG